AUGGACCAACCAAAACGCAAUGCAGCCAAACCUCAGCGAUAUCAGACUACAUCUUCAGAUGAAGCUUCACAGACUACAAAUGCUGUAUUUAAAAAUCAAUAUUUUGUGAAACCAAGUCGACAAGAAUUUCAGCAACACAUGAAAGAGGCUCUGCGGGCUGCGAAAGAGAAUGUGCGGAGCAAGUCACGUGGAUUGCGUACAUCAGCCAGAAAAGAAAAUGUUCAAUAUAAUUUUUGGAACGAUAAGCCAGACGAAGAUGAAGAUUUAACGGACGAGAAUUAA